AUGUCAGAAGCACAGGAAGAAUACAACAAGCUCUUCAGCGAGAAGGAUCGUCCAUCACAUCAUUACGAAGACGCCGGCCUUUCCGAUAUCGAAGGCAGUCCUCAACACUCCUCAUCCGAGACCGAGAAGCGCUCUCGUGGUAUUCGGUCCUCCCACCGAAACCGUGCCGCCUCCGACGAAGACGCCGACGACGACGACGACCUCUACCACGCCUCUUCCUCGACCACCGACAUGCGGUCCCGCUACUUCCUCCCUAAAGGCCGCUAUGAGGGCAACACCGGCCCCAAAGGCGUUAUCGCCGACGCCCUAGCCUUCGAAAAAGCCAAGAAGACCAGCCGCUUCAGCACCCUGCGCCUGAACCCCCGCACCAUGCUCUCCCCCUCCAACGAGAAGAACCGCAGCCCGAGCUCGUCGGACGAUGACCGCGCUCUGGACGAGGAUGGUGACGAUGGCUUCCUGUCGAGGUGGAGGGAGAACCGAUUGCGGGAGAUGCAGACGCCCGAGCAGUUGAAACUGCAGCAGAAGAGGGCAAGGACGGCAAGCCCGAGGAAGAAUAGGAGGGUGUUCGGAUCCCUGGUGACGGUGGAUGGGGAGGGGUAUCUGGAUGCGAUCGAGAAGGUUGCUCCAGACACAACGGUCGUGGUAUUCAUCUACGAUGACAAGAGCCGAGUCUCCCACGAGAUCGAGUCCGUUGUCCACGAGCUUGCUCGUGCAUACGACACCACCCGCUUCGUCAAGUUCCACUACGAAGAAGCGGAGAUCGACAUCGCUGGCGUUCCGGCGCUAAUCGCCUACCGAGGGGGAGAGAAGGUCGCCGGCAUGGUUCCCGUGGUGGAUGAACUGCCCGACGAUCGACGGUUGGAUAUGGAUGUUUUGGGGUCGGUCAUGGCUCGCCAUGGAAUGCUUGAUUAA